AACUAUGGCAAUAUUGAAUUACAACCAUUAACCCAGAUUGUAGUAGGCCUAGCCUAUGCCUAUUGAAAUGACAAAUCAAUCUUGCUAAUUGGCCAUUUAUAAUGGUUUGUAGUCCUUAACAUCAGCCAAACAAUAAUGGCACAAUUGCCAGAAAAUAGCCUAACAUUCUUUUGAAGGUUAUCCAAGUGUUUCUUGCACAGAGAGUUCGAGAUCCUUUGUCCAACUUUCAUCCAUCAAACUCUCCUGUUGGAUUUAGCUAUAGUUAUGCACAUGCGCAUAAGGGAUUUAUUUCCAAUGAAACUAGUUAAAUCGACAUCCAUUGAUGGAAAACGAUGUGGCGAGUAUAAAAUAAGGGCGAAUUAUAUUUUCUCUUGCGACAUAUACAAAUUCCUUUAUUAGUCACCUUAGUUGGCAAUAAUUAUAAUUUUUAUGGAAAACCGAAUUUGUCUUCUUUCGUCGUUACAAGUUACGUCGAUAUUCCUUCUUAAUUUGCUCGAUAACGUUAUGGGAAAAACAAUUAUCUUGCUGCUGAAAAAAAUGGUUCUAGAUUUCAGGAUUUGUGUGAGGGUUUUGAGUAGUCAUUGGAAUAUACAUUUUAGUUGGACCUGGCAACCCUGAGUGUGUUCUCUGAACUUCAGACAUCCGGAAGUGAAUAAGUGAUCUCAUCGCAAAGCCCAGUUGCUAAACUGCAAGUGUGGAUUGGGGUUGGCGUUCCAUAGAUAAAUAAAUAGCCACACAAACAUGACAUCAACAAGGACUGAAGGAGCCAGACAAAAAGCAGAUUCGUAGUUGGUAUCAACUAACUAGUGAUUCCGGUCUUAACCAUUCUCUUUUCACCAAUCAUAGCUAGAGAUUUUCUACUAGCAAUUAGCUAAAAAUGCAGGUAUGUUCUGUAUUAUAUUUUGCCCUGCCCAGGACGAGCAAUCUAAUUAGGUAGCUACUUGAGCUGUUAACGUUAGCAAGUUAUGCUAAUUUAGCUAACUGGCUAGUUAGUUGAUAGCUAACGUUAAUAAAGUUCAACGUAACUGUUUAACCAUCGAAAAGGUGUUAACUAGUUAACAGUUAUUAGAAUGUGCAUGACUUUGACAUUUGCCCAAAUUGCAGCCCGAAAUAAAUUGUUACUUUGUUUGUUUUGUUUAAGCUAACUACCAGUACAUAGCCCGCUAGCUAAGUUAACUAAGCCUGCUAACUAGCUAGCGAACAAGCUUGCUAACGCCAACAGCGUAUAUUCGACUAUCUAUCUUGUAAUAAUCCUCCCUCAGCUUCAAGAGAAGCCGACAGGGGACAUGAAACGGAUGAGUUAUGCCACCAUCAACAAUUUGUCAUACAAAGUAUUUUCCCUUUGCCUCUUGUUCAUUCAUUGGAGAUAAGCUAAAGGUCUCAUCACACAGUCAACACACAUGAACCAGCUAGCCCUGUGUGAAUAAUAACAACACUCGUUGAGUGUUGGACGCUCAAGAAUCACCAUGGCUGUGGCCAACACCACCAAAACAUCAUGGAGAUUACAGGAGAUUGUAGCCCACUCCAGUAAUGUGGUGUGUCUGGCCCUGGGGAAGAACUCAGGCCGUCUGCUAGCCACUGGGGGAGAGGACUGCCGAGUCAACAUCUGGGCAGUCAGCAAACCCAACUGCAUCAUGAGUCUGACAGGCCAUAAUAACCCAGUGGAGUGUGUAAAGUUUAAUAACUCUGAGGAGCAGGUGGUGGCUGGCUCACAGUCCGGAUCACUGCGCGUAUGGGACCUGGAGGCUGCAAAGAUCCUAAGAACUCUAAUGGGACACAAGGCCAAUAUCUGCAGCUUGGACUUCCACCCGUUUGGGGAAUACUUGGCAUCUGGUUCCAUGGACACCAACAUCAAGCUGUGGGAUGUACGGAGAAAGGGCUGUGUGUUCAGGUACAAGGGUCACACUCAGGCAGUGAGGUGCCUGGCCUUCAGUCCAGAUGGGAAAUGGUUGGCCUCUGCUAGUGAUGACAGCACCAUCAAGCUGUGGGACCUGACUGCAGGGAAGAUGAUCACAGAGUUUACAGCACACACCGGCGCCAUCAACAUCAUCCAGUUCCACCCCAACGAGUAUCUGCUAGCGUCAGGCAGCUCUGACAGGACCAUCAAACUGUGGGAUCUGGAGAAGUUCAAGAUGAUUGGCUCUUCAGAGGGAGAGCUGGGACCAGUCAGGUGUCUGGCCUUUAACCUGGAUGGCUGCUGUCUGUAUAGUGGAGCUGUGGACUCUCUCCGUGUGUAUGGCUGGGAACCCGACCGCUGCUUUGAUGUGGUGCCAGUGGGCUGGGGCAAGGUGGCAGACCUGGCUAUCUGCAACCACCAGCUGAUUGGCGUGUCGUACAAUCUGACUAAUGUUUCGUCCUACGUGGUGGAUUUGACGCGGGUGAAGAAGUCUGGCUCUGUGAUCCAAGGCGUAAUCCAGGACGACCAGCCGCUCACGGAGCCCUCCCCGAAAGGGUCCACGCUGCGACGCAACUACGACAGGCCCCUGACCACCUGCAGCACGCAGAGGGUAAAGCAGAGUUCUGAGUCAGACCGCCGCAGUCCCGAGGGGGAGAGGAGGAGCCCCAGUAGCGAGGACGAGAAGGAGUCCUCCGCCGAGAUCCGUAACCCUGAGGACUACAAAGAGAUCUUCCAGCCAAAGAGCGCCAUCUCUCGCACCCCCCCAAAGAGUGAGCCCUUCCCUGCCCCCUUGGAAGAUGAGAGUUUUGUGGUGAGGGCUAACCAAGGGCUGGUGGAGCUCAUGACUCCUAUGACUGACAGACAGCAGCCUGCUCGUAACAACCGGCUCAGUGUGCUGGGUGAUGACGAGGCUCUGGCCCAGAUCCGAAAGGGCCAUGAUACCAUGUGUGUGAUGCUCACCAGCCGACACAAGAACCUGGACACCAUCAGAGCCGUGUGGGGCAGCGGGGACGUCAAGACUUCCUUGGACUCGGCCGUCUCGAUGAAGGAUCUCUCUAUCGUCGUGGACAUCCUCAACAUCGUUAACCUCAAACCGUCGCUAUGGAAACUGGACCUGUGUACCUCUAUCCUGCCCCAGAUUGAAGAGCUGCUGCAAAGCAAGUAUGAGAGUUAUGUGCAGACGGGUUGCACCUCUCUGAAGCUGAUCCUGAAGCGUUUCUGGCCUCUCAUCUCAGACACGCUGACAGCGCCCCCCUCUGUUGGAGUGGAUAUAACACGGGAGGAACGCCACCAGAAGUGCAAGGCAUGCUACAAGCAGCUGAAGAACCUCAGCAACGUGGUGAAGAACAAGGCCGACCAGGUGGGACGCCACGGCAGCGCCUUCAAAGAGCUGCAGCUGCUCAUGUCCCCACUGGACUACUGACAGUCGACUAUGCAACUAGAGACCCGAAAUGGCUGAGCACUGCUGUGAGGACUCGAAGUCUGACUGACGGCUGCAUUCUCUCAUCCACCUGAGUGGUAAAUCAGGGGACAAUCACAGAUUCACACUGCGUGUGGAUGGACUGAAGCAAUGGAGUCAGAGACAGGGUGGGAUAUGAGUCCUGUGCCCAUUGCAUCCAGAAGGAGUCAGUAGGUGUGUUUUCAUGGCGUAGCUCUAUUUAAACACUGGGCACUUAUGUCCUCUGUAACCUUGACGUGCACACACACUUUAAUUCCACACACACAAACACCUAGGGCCGGGUUUCAUUCCGAUUGUGGGUUAUAGGCAUUGCGGCUUUUAAAGGUAAUGUUCACGAGGAGAUCCUAUUCACAGUAAAAGCUGCACAGUUUGGCUCAAUCAAAUCGCCUUGAUGCCUAUAACCUACGAUCGGAUUGAAACCCGGCCUAAUUUACUGUGUGAUAUCUAUUUAAAUAUUCUCUCAAUCUUUUUCUACAUUCUGUACCUAAGAUGUCAACCCUAGAUGCACUCUUUGAAAGUAGUUAACACUAAAAGAACAUGUUUUUCAAAUAAAGAAUUGUUUAAAAAGGAA